GGGCUAGUCACCUCUAACUUAGGGUAGGCUCCUCAAUGGAGACGUAUAGUGAGCUGAUGAUGACGAUAAACUACUGGAAGAACACCCAAAGACUUAAAAGUUUGCAUAUAAACUGUUAGGUGAAUAACUCGGAAGGAAUUUUACAAAAUUCAUCCCCUAAAGUUCUAAAUGGGGUAAAAAGUUGGUAUAUGUACCUUUCAGUUCAAAAAUUAAAUACUACUAAUUUUUAGUUAAAGUUAGAAUUUGAUUGCGAUUGAGAGUCGCUGGAGCCAGUUAUAUAGUGUGUUAAAGUGCUCUAUGACAAAGUAACUGAAAUGUCUAGACAUCGCACACAGCCGCCGGAUUUACCGUGGACCCUAGGGGUCACCUGGACAAUUUUGGGAAUCAUUGGCCUGUCUGCAUUUCUAGUUUCGUAAAUUACAAUUGUGUGCAAAUAUCCCUAGGUUGAAGUUUUUAAACAAUAUUUUCUACAUGUAAACAAGUGUAACUAAAAAUAUGCACAUUUAGUAAAUAAGCUAAUUCAUAGAAAUAAAACAUAGCCUCAUCAUACAAAAGUCAUUUUAUCUGUAGUUGUAGUCGUUUUUAGCUUUAGUCUAUAUUCAUGGGGGGGGGGGGGGAUUUCAUUACCAUUAGACUAUAAUUACAAACUUUUUUAAUAGAGACCGUUGUGGAACAUAAUGUGAUAUGAUUCUCGCACCGACACACAGCACCGCGCCUUCGCUGCGCCACCGCAUUUAUUGCAAUGACAUAAGACGUCCACAUAAAGAUAACGUGUGUUUAUUAAUAAAUAUAUCGGGAUAAUCAUUAGACAGCAGGAGAGAAUUGUCGACGUCGCGCUAUCUUAUUUACUUGCGGCAACAAAGGUUCCUACUAAAGAUAAUGUGAGCGAUGCGCGGCGUCAGUCGCGACGCGGUCUGCGAGCGGUGUGUGCGGCGAGGACGAGAGGUAGACAGCGGGCCAGCUGCGAUGGACACUGAGGAGGGCACACCGCUGGCGGAGGAGCGGGAGGGCGAGUGCGGCUGGCGGGCGACGCUGGCGCGGCGCCUGCCCGUGCUGCGCUGGGCGCGGCGCUACACGCGCGCGGCGGCUGCGGCCGACGCGGUAGCUGGCGUCACGCUCGGCCUCAUGCUGGUGCCGCAGAGUAUCGCCUACGCCGCGCUCGCCAAUCUCCCCGCGCAAUACGGGCUCUAUUCGGCUUUCAUCGGCACGAUACUGUACGUCGCGCUGGGCACGGUGAAGGAGGUGUCCAUCGGCCCCACUAGCCUGAUGGCGCUGAUGACGCUGCAGACAUGCCGGGGCCUGCCCCCAGAUUUUGUCGUGCUGCUCUCCUUCCUGUCGGGCGGAGUCGUGCUGCUCAUGGGCCUGCUGCGGCUCGGCUUCCUAGUGGAGCUGAUAUCGCCAUCGGUGACGAGCGGCUUCACGUCGGCGACGGCGGUCAUCAUCACGGUGGCGCAGCUCAAGGGCCUGCUGGGGCUGAGCUUCAUGGCCGAGAGCGUGACGGAGAACGUGGCGCUGAUCGUGGAGCGGUGGCGCGACGUACGCCUGCCCGACUGCCUGCUCAGCCUGCUGUGCUGCUCCACGCUGCUGCUGCUCCGGAAAUUAAAGGACGUGAAGGUGGGCCCGAAGCGGCGCAAGCUGAAGAAGACGCUGUGGCUGGUGUCGAUCGGGCGCAACGCGCUGGUCGUGCUGGCCGCCGCGGCCUUUGCCUACUGUACGCACGACCCCGCGCGCCCCCUGCUGCGCCUCAGCGGGCGCGUGGAGGCGGGCUUGCCCCAGCUGCGGCUGCCCCCGCUGAGCGCGGAGGUCGGCAACCGCACGCUGGGCUUCGUGGACAUGGUGCGCGAGCUGGGCACCGGCGUGCUCCUGCUGCCGCUCGUCAUGGUGCUCGCCAACAUCGCCAUCGCCAAAGCUUUUUCGGAGGGCGGGCGCGUGGACGCGGCGCAGGAGAUGGUGACGCUGGGCCUGUGCAACAUGGCGGGCGGGCUGGUGCGCGCCAUGCCCACCUGCGGCGCCUUCACGCGCUCCGCCGUCGCGCACUCCAGCGGCGUGCGCACGCCCGCCGCCGGCCUCUACGCAGGGGUGAUCACGCUACUGGCGCUCCAGUUCCUCGCCCAGUACUUUCAUUUCAUCCCGAAGGCUUGCAUCUCCUCCGUGCUCGUCUGCGCCGUCAUCUUCAUGGUGGACUGGGAGACGGCGCUGCGGCUGUGGCGGCACGACCGGCGCGAGCUCGCCGUCGUGGCGCUCACCUUCGGCGUGGGCGUGUGGUGCAGCGUGGAGCUGGCCGUGCUGUGCGGCGCGCUGGCCGGGCUGGCCGCCACGCACUUCGCGCUGCAGCGGGCGCCGCUGCAUCUGCACAAAGUCAAGUGCUCGUGGGGCGAGGCGGUGCGCGCGCGGCCCACGCGAGCGCUGCUGUACUUGAACUGUGCACGGUUCGCGGAGCGCUUGGAGCGAGCGACUGCUGCGCACCGCGUCGCGCUCGUCGACUGCGGGGUGCUCGCCAUGCUGGACUAUCCCGCCGCGCAGGCUCUGUCAAAGAUGAUCAAAAAAUUUCAAGAGAACAAUAAGCUUCUCAUAUUCUACAACGCGUCGACGGACGUCAUCAAGAAACUAGACAAGGUGGAGGGCAUGGACACGCGCGCGCUGCUCGCUCACUCCGUGCAGGCCGCGCUGGACGCCGUCGGCCCCGGCCCCUGCCCCGGCGCGCUUGGCCCCGCAGCCGCCCCCGGCCCCUGCCCCGGCGCGCUCGGCCCCGCAGCCGCCCCCGGCCCCUGCCUCGGCCCCGAGGCGGCCGCGCUGCUGCCCCGCGAUGCCGCCGGCGUAUGA